AUGGCGUCUGUGAACGAACCUACCACGCGAGAAUGGCUGCUCUCGCUACUGGAACCAGGAAUGCUUCUGGCUUGGGCCAUGUCCUAUUAUGCGAAAACUAGUCUAGCAGCUGUCUUUCAACGCGGCCAGAUCCUGGCUCCCCUGCUAGAGACUCGCCGACUCCGCGACGAAGCGUUCGGCAAGUUCUGGGUCGAGUUCAGCUCCAACCGAGAGGAAUCCAUGGAAUCCGCUCAACCGCCCCCGAAUCAACCCCCGUCCCCCCCGUCGACGGAAGUCCAAAAUUCCACAGACCUGAUCCCGCCUGUUCUAGCCCAGGCGUCCGGUCUGGUCCUAGACGUAGGACCCGGUACGGGGACUCAGAUGCCUCUACUGCGGUCCCCCGCUAUCAAAGCCAUCUACGGCGCCGAGCCCUGUCAGGGCCUGCAUGAGGAGCUGCGCGCCCGAGCCGUCGCCAACGGCCUCGGCGAGAAGUACUUCGUCCUGCCCUGCAGCGUCGAGGGAUCGGAGCUGACCCACGCGCUGGAGAAGCAUGGGCUGAACCGCACGAACGAGGGGCUUUUCGACACUAUUGUCUGCGUGCGCGUCCUGUGCUCCUUGCCUAAUAUGCAGCAGUCCGUCAACGAGCUGUACGCGCUGCUGCGGCCCGGCGGCAAGCUGCUUAUCACGGAGCACGUGGUGAAUCCGUGGCGGACGUCGAAGGGGUCCGUCGUGGCGAGGGCCAUGCAGGCGCUCUACGGUGCUUUGGGCUGGAGCUUCUACAUCGGUGAUUGUUGCCUGAACCGCGAUACAGAAAAGGUGCUGCGGGCUGCCGGCGAGUGGGAGUCCGUCGAGCUGGAUCGCUGGUUUGGCCGUACGGUGUUUCCGUAUAUCUCGGGGGUGCUGGUCAAGAAGGCGUAA